AUGAGUUCGACAAGGUUGAUUCUUUCUCUUAAACUUAUCCUCAUAACAAGCGGUGUUCUUUAUCUAACCAUGAUGAUAAAGUUCUCAGUUCCAUUCAUAAUCAACUUCAUUUUCUAUCAAUUACCUAUUCUUUGGUUUCAUUUCUCAACUUGGCUAAGGCCACCCUAUCUCUAUGUCCUCCUUAAUGGAAUCAUAAUCACCAUAGCUGCAACUUCUAGAUUCAAUAACAAAGAUCCCGAUUUGGAUAUUCAUUUGGAACAACCCAACAAGAUUUCUUCAGUAGAACCACUACAGGGUAUGCAGAUGCAGCCUCAUGUUGAAUUGUCUGCUCCGGCGGUGGUGUUUGCAGGUGAAAUUCAUGUGGCGGCGGCGGAGGAAAUAGAACCGGCGGCAGCGAUUCAUUGUCAGGAUUAUAAUGAAGAGGCUUUUGUGAUACCGAGACCUGCGGAGCAAGGGGGUGGUUUAUCAGUGAAGUAUGAAGAGAUGGCGCCGUCGACGGAGAUUGUGCCGUCGCCGGAGAUGGCUACGGUGAAGUUUAGCCACCGGAAACCUCCCAAACCCAGUCCAGAAGAUGAGAGAUUGAUAAAGAAGGUAGAAGUGAAAAAGCCUAACACGUUGGAUGACACGUGGAAGACUAUAACACAAGGCCGUCAGCAUCAAGACAAUGCCACGUGGGAGAAACGUGUGAAUCAAUUAACAAUCAUGGGUGACGGGGCAAAGAAUUACAACCAACAACAAGGAUGGGGCAACCCAUUAUCAUCAUCAUCAUCAUCCGGGUCGGGUAAUAUCGAAAAGAAACCAUCACCGAGUUUAGACGAGUUAAACCGCCGAGUUGAAGCGUUUAUAAAGAAAUUUAACGAAGAGAUGAGAAUACAAAGGCAAAAGUCUCUUCAGCAAAAAGGCUAUUAUAACUAA